GCAGAGACGUUAGAGAAAGCUGUUAACAGUAAUUUGAACGUAGUGGCAUGCAUUUCUCUAACGGAAAAUCCAAUAUUCUCAUUGAGACUCUGUCAACAAACAUUUGUAUACUCUCAUCGUGGCUGUCCAUGGUGGCCGCUUUUUCACAGAUUUAUUCGGUCUUUUAUAGCCCUCCCUCUUCUUCUCUCAACCCCCCCUACAUUCUUGCCACAGGGUACGGAGGCGUUGGCAAGGGCAUUGAUUCCGGCAUCCUGAUAUGAGUGCUUGAUCAUCUUUCCCUUUUCUUUUACUGUCUUGCGCGUGGAGAGCAUACAGAUUCAGUCAUGAGCGACUAUUUUUCUGGACCUCUGGAACGAAGCAAUAAGCCUGUCAAUGAAAAAUCCGACAUCGAAAACUCCGAGGACGAGAGGAAGAAAAAGAUGGGGACUUUCAAGAAGAAGGCAAUCACUGCCUCCUCCAAGUUCAGGAAUUCUUUGACAAAAAAGGGUCGAAGAAACAGCAAAGUAAUGAACAUUGCAGUCGAGGAGGAUGACCUUGAUGCAGAAGAACUACAGGCAGUAGAUGCAUUUCGCCAAGCACUUAUCUUGGAGGAGUUGCUGCCCUCAAAACACGAUGACUCCCGUGUGAUGCUAAGAUUCUUGAAGGCCAGGAAAUUUGAUAUUGAAAAAACAAAGCAAAUGUGGGCUGAUAUGAUCAAUUGGAGGAAGGAGUUUGGCGCUGACACAAUCAUGGAGGAUUUUGAAUUCAAGGAAAUUGAUGAUGUCCUUGAAUACUACCCACAAGGACAUCAUGGAGUUGAUAAAGAUGGGCGGCCUGUUUAUAUCGAGAGACUUGGUAAAGUCGAUCCUGUCAAGCUAAUGCAAGUCACAACACUGGAGCGCUAUGUGAAAUACCAUGUACGGGAAUUUGAGAGGACCUUCAAAGUCAAGUUCCCAGCUUGUUCAAUAGCAGCGAAAAGACACAUUGAUCAAAGCACCACUAUUCUGGAUGUGCAAGGAGUGGGACUUAAAAAUUUCAACAAAUCUGCGAGGGAACUUAUUAUGCAACUUCAGAAGAUAGAUGGCGAAAAUUAUCCUGAGACACUUUGCCGUAUGUUCAUCAUUAAUGCUGGUUCUGGAUUCAGGCUGUUAUGGAAUACUGUCAAAUCUUUCCUUGACCCCAAGACCACUUCAAAGAUUCAUGUGUUGGGUAAUAAAUACCAGAGCAAGUUGCUUGAAGUAAUCGAUGCUAGUGAGCUGCCAGAGUUUUUGGGUGGUACUUGUACUUGUGCAGAUAAAGGUGGUUGUAUGCGUUCCGAUAAGGGCCCCUGGAAUGAUCCAGAAAUACUGAAGAUGGCUCAAAAUUAUGACGCCAAAAGCUUUAAGAAAAUUUUAAUUCCUGUCAUCGACGAGAAUACGGUUUCUGGGGAAGAGAUGGCACAUAAGAAAUGUGAUUCUUUCGACUCAGACAUCAGUUUUGACUCAGGAGAUAAGUGGUCUCACUCUUCCAGACUUGCAAAGGAGCAUGUAGAACAUCAACCACUCUCUCCUGUUCAAGAAGAAAAAUAUCCCAACACAAAGGACUAUGGUGGCUAUGAGUAUGAGGGCUUCAUGCAAGUAAUUGACAAGGCUGUGGAUGCAACCUGGCCUAAAGCUGUAAACAACAACCCCCAAUUUGCCCUUUCUAGAGAUUGCUUCCCCACACAUGGAGAUCCUUGCAGGCCUCAAGGACGAGUAACUGAUCAAAUUUUCAGUGGGUUGAUGAGCUUUGUGGUGGGCAUCAUCACAAUGAUCCGCUUGACAAAAAACAUGCCAAAGAGGCUCACAGAUGCCACCCUUUAUUCUACUCCAGACUACUGCGUGGACACAAUAGUAAAAAGCCAUGCACAACAUCCCCAGAAGUCACCAGCACCAGAAGUUUCCAGUGUGGAUUACAUGUCCAUCAUCAAGCGUGUAGCUGAAGUGGAAGAAAAGAUGAGCGUCCUAAGCAUUAAAUCCAUGGCCAUGCUAGCUGAGAAAGAGGAAAUGAUGAAUGCUGCUAUAAACCGCGCCAAUGCCCUGGAGCAAGAACUGGCAGCAAACAGGAAGGUUCUGGAGGAGGCUCUUAUACGACAGGGAGAACUGAUGACCUACAUCGAGAAGAAGAAGAAGAAGAAAAAGAAGUUUAUAAAGAAGUUGAACCCAUUCUGCUGGUGAGGAGGGCGGGGGAUAAGCACCGGAUGCAGGAAGCUGUGAAAUGCUGAGGAUAAAAGGAGACCUGAGAAUCAAGGAAGUGAAGGUGGUGGCAAUGGUGAUUUUGGGGGCUCCGAAUGCCGUACAACCGAGCCUAAUCCAUGUUUUAUUUGUGAAAAAUACUCUGUUCAAAGCUUUUGUAUAACAUAUAUUCAUUUCAGAGCUGUGCAUAAUAAAUCUGGGUAUCACUUUAGUUUUAGUGAAGAUAUCCAUGCUUCUUUGUGGACUACAACAUUACAAUAAUACUGAGAGCCAAAUGCUCUCAAUAAAAGUUAAAUCUUUUUCCCAGGUUA